GUUACAUUAUUCCUCUGCUCAUAGACAAUGAGAGGAUUUCUGAAGGCUGGACGGCUGAGAGUGGGAAGACCGUUGGGACAUGCUCGCGCUAGAGCAAUUUGACAAAUAAGAAAUUUAAAUACAAAAUAUAUAAUUUUUUAUGUCAUUCUCUAAAGAAGAAAAAUAAAUCCGGAAUAUUGAAGGCAAUGUGUUAUAUAUAUGUGUGUUAUAUCAUGUUUCACUAGAACUGCGUCGUUGACCGCUUCGCCUCGGUCUGUUGAUGACCCGUAUUGUAAGCUAUUCUAAAUCGCCUAUUCAGGCCGAAGGGGCGGACCAUGACCUCAGUUGAACUCGUGUGAUUCGUCACUUUGGAUAUCUCACACUCAAAUAGGCAAGGCCAGAGUGUCUAGCAUCUGAAAAUGGGGUGCUUGCACCAAUGGACUCUGCUAGUUGCUGUAUUGCUGUAUUUACCAUCACGGUCUACAGCUCAAGGCCAGUGCAAUAAUGUUGGUGCUGCAGAUAUUGUUUUCCUGGUAGAUGGAUCAUCUAGCAUUGGCCGGGCAAAUUUUUUGCUGGUGAAGAGUUUCAUGGCAGGGAUUGUCAAACCAUUCGCCAGGGCAGUAGGACCCAAUGGCAUCCGCUUUGGAGCCGUACAGUACAGUGAUACUGCCAGGGUGGAAUUUACCUUCAGUACAUAUCUGAAUGGCACUGAGCUUAUAACUGCCAUAGAGAAUAUCAACUAUAAAGGUGGAAACACACGCACUGGGGCUGGCCUCAAAUACAUUGCAGAUAACUUCUUCAGGCCUGCCUCUAUCAGAGAUGUACCCAAGAUCACUAUUCUCAUUACUGAUGGUAAAUCACAGGACUAUGUGCAGGAACCCUCUCAAAAACUACGUAGUCUAGGAGUCAAACUAUUUGCAGUGGGUAUAAAGAGUGCAGAUCCAAAUGAGCUAAAUCUUAUUGCUUCUCCUCCACAAAGUGAAUUCAUCUCACAGAUUGGGAACUUUAAAGCUCUCAGUUCAUUGCUGCCCCUAGUAUCUCCACGUGUCUGUACAACAAGUGGAGGCUCUUAUCUCAGUGAUGAAGCAUUCAGUGGUCCAUCAGAUUUGCAGUUUUCAAGUGAGACCACUGAUUCGCUGAGAUUUCAAUGGACGUCUGCAGGAGGGCCUGUGAGUGGCUACGUGGUUCAGUACAGGCCCCUGUCUGGCUUGGGCCAACCGAUCACAGCAGAGCUCCGACAGGAAACGAUACCGAGCAGCCAGCAGAGCUAUGUUGCACGAGAACUGCUUUCAGGCACAGACUACCUGAUCACUGUGAUAGCUCAGUACCCCAAUAGCUUGGGAGAGUCAAUUUCAGCUAAGGCCAGAACAAAGCCUCUCCCAGGUGUGACUACACUGCGACUGGUUCAAGCUGGGUUCUUUACUCUUGCAUUGGCCUGGAAUGCUCCAGCUGGCCAAGUACAGGGCUACAGAAUUACUUAUGGACCUACAGGUCAACCAGCUGCGCAGUUGGUGGGGCAGUCUGUGGGGGCAGAGUCUACUUCUCUGACUUUGCGCAGUCUAAAGGCAGACACAGAAUAUAUCAUCAACCUGUACCCUCUAUUUCCCCGCAACAGUGCAUCACCAGCUACUCUGACUGCACGCACACUGCGUUUAGAGGGAGUGCAGCAGCUCUCUGUUGAGACCAUUUCCAGCAACAGUGUUCAAGUCCGCUGGACAGGAGUGACAGGGGCCAGAGGAUAUAGAGUCGUCUGGGGCAUUUUAACAGGAAGUGAUGUGGAAACCGUAGAGCUGAGAGGUGAUAGUGAAUCUCACACACUGGUGAAUCUGCAACCAGAAACCGAGUACAUUGUUACAGUCAUCUCACUGUACAAUGGUGAAGCUGAAGGACCUGCAGCCAAUACACGCUUUAAGAUAGAGCGCUCAGAGCAACAGGUCCUGAGAGCCACGACUACAGGACCCACCAGCAUCAGAUUAAGCUGGAACUUUAUACAGGCUGCCAGGGGCUAUAGGCUGGAGUGGAAAGCUGGAGAGAGGGGCAGAGUUCUGAGGCAGGAUCUACCACAGAGCACCACCAGCUAUGAGCUGAGAAGUCUGCAGCCAAGCACUGAGUACAUUAUAACUCUAUUUACACUCUACGAUGGGCGAGAGGAGGCUACAUACUUUUCAACCAAAUCAACAGUAGAGCAGACAGUUGGUCGUGUCACAAACCUGAGGGUGCUGGAGACACUUGGCAACAUUAUACGAUUGGGAUGGACGGGAGUUGCUGGGGCAACAGAAUACAGCAUUGCCAUACUUAAUACACAAUCAAAUAGAGAGCUGAGUAGAAGAGUUCCUGGAAAUCAGACCACACUGGACCUACGGGACCUUGAAGAUGGUGGACGCUACACUGUCAGUGUAACUGCACUGGACGGGUCCAAUAAAGGAGAUCCCGACACUUUGUACUUUACAGCAGGUCAACCACUGAAGGUGACCAACUUCCGGCUAGUCGGUAGCAACAGCGGACGAAUCAGGAUUGCAUGGACUGGCAUUUCUGGGGCGACAGGUUACCGGGUUACCUGGAGACAAGGAAGCAGUGCAGAGCGAUUCCGUGUCCUAGGUGGUGAUAUCAAUGCUUACACUAUAGGCGGGCUGCAGCCAGAUGACUCUGUAAUUGUGGGCAUUGCCCCAUUGAUUGAUGGGCAGAUUGGGGAAGUCGUCACUAUUUCUGCUAGAACCAGUGGCCCCAAUGGAACAAUCACAGGGUUGCGUGUGAAUGAUGUUUCAUCCACAAGGAUACUAAUAUCCUGGGCUGCUGUGAAUAGAGCAACAGGCUACAAAAUCACCUGGUGGCGUAUUGAUGGAGUGGAAGACUCUGAGAACGUAGCUGCUAAUGUGACUUCCUUUGCCAUUGAUAGACUCCAAGAAGGUGCCACAUACCAAGUAUCAGUCUCAGCCCUUUUUAACUCAAGGGAAGGACCUGCUGCCACUGUGACUGCAAAGACAGGGGAAGUGAUACAGAAAGAGACUGUAGAGGGCUUUCGUGUGUUGGAUUCGACUCCAGGGAGGCUGAGCAUGACCUGGAGAACAGUGAGGGGAGCCAGCGCAUAUCGAAUCUAUUGGAGCUCCUCACAAGGCGAGACUGAAUCAAGUCGUCUCAUUAGUGGGGAUGCAACCACAUAUACUCUUGAUGGACUUCGCCCUGGUUUGAGCUACACUGUAAGAUUAUCUGCUGUGGUGGAACGUGGAGAGACUGAAUCUGCCACCAUCCAGGCAUCCACUGAUGCCCUACCACCCGUGACAGGUUUGAGUGUGACUGACAGUACGGAGAAUUCAGUGCUUUUGGGCUGGUCACCAUUAACAGGAGCCACAGGCUAUUUAUUACGCUGGAGAGAGGAGCGAGAAACAGGAUCUGGUCAGUCUGAGACGCUGCCCGGUACAGCCAGAUCUUUCCGGGUGAUUGGUCUGCGGCUGGGCCGUCGGUAUCGUUUCACUGUGCAGCCCACUUUCCAAAACCAGGUUGGACCUGAGAGCAGUGUGGAGGAGCGCACAGUGUGUGUUGGAGGACGUUUGGAUGUGGUCUUUCUUGUCCCUGCCUCUCGUGACCGCUCUGGCCUGGCAGCACCUGUGUUAUCUCUGUUGGCCAGUACUGCUGGAUCCUUCACCUCUAUCGGACCCAGAGACUCUCAGAUGGGGGUGGUGGUGUACAGUGAAGAUCCAAAAGUGCGUUUCCUCCUCAAUCAUCAUAGCAACAGCGAGACACUUCUGCAGGAGAUUCAGUCCACCCCUUUCAAUGACAGAUCAGGAAAUAAUAUAGGCCGAGCAAUGACGUUCGCUAGGCAGUUUCUGCUGAGUGCAUCUGCAGGUCGAAGGUCAGGUGUUCCUGGUGUGGUUGUCAUUAUCGCUGAUGAGAAAUCAACUGAUGAUGUCAGCCAGCCUUCUGCUGCUGUUAGGGCUGAUGGUGUGACAGUAUUAGCGGUUGGAAUUGGACGUGGAGACCCUGGAGAACUGCGUUUGGCAGUGACUGAUGGCAGCACCCAGAAUCUGCUCUACGCUCAAGACACAAAUCAGCUCUAUAGUCUCCACCCCGACUUGGCAGAUCUCCUCUGUGGCCUUGCACGAGGGACCGUUGUCACGACGGGGCCUUGUACGGUUGAAUGUCCCAGGGGUGCUAAAGGUGAACAGGGACAGAAGGGUGAGAGGGGCAGAGACGGAGUGGAUGGAAGGAAAGGCGAGCCUGGUCGUGAUGGUCUACCUGGUCGUGAGGGCACCAGAGGGCCGGAGGGGCCACCAGGUCAACCUGGAAGCAGUCUAGGAGUGAGAGGAGAGAAAGGCGAGAGGGGUUUCCCAGGUCUGGAUGGCAGUUCAGGUGUUCCAGGUCGCCCUGGUACACCUGGCGCAGUUGGACUUCCAGGUAGUCAGGGAUUGCCUGGUGUUAGAGGAGACCCUGGAGAACCAGGUAUUGCAGGCCCUCAGGGGUUGAAGGGAGAGAAAGGUGAAAGGGGAGAACUUGGAUCUGCUGUGGGAGGAGGGCUACCAGGUCGUAAAGGAGAGCCAGGAAUCCCAGGGAUCCCUGGCACUCCCGGUCGUCUGGGUGUGGAUGGGGCAAAAGGAGAGGCAGGUGCACGAGGUCUGCCUGGGCAGGAUGGUCGCCCUGGGUUACCAGGGACUCCUGGACUUUCUAUUAAGGGUGAGAAAGGCAGCUCUGGAGAGAGGGGUCCUCCCGGAGUGGGCAGCGGAGUGGCAGCUAAGGGAGAUGCUGGUGAACCUGGAAGCCCUGGACCGCCUGGUCCGCAGGGCCUACGAGGACUGACUGGACCAAAAGGAACCAAAGGAGAACUAGGAGAAAGUUCUGAGGGUAAACCAGGCACCCCUGGAAAGACUGGUGAACCUGGUGAUCGGGGUCCCCGGGGACCUCCUGGUGAAAUCGGGAGUAAGGGUGACCGAGGACAGGCUGGAGCAACUGGAGCAGAUGGAGCCAAGGGAGAUAGAGGCCCAGCUGGUCCAACAGGAGACAAGGGUGAUAAGGGUUCAUCAGGCCCCCCUGGACUUCAAGGGCUCAGGGGAUUGCCAGGCAGCAACGGUCUUCCUGGAGAGAAGGGUGCUGAAGGUGCAAAAGGGGAACCAGGAGCCGGUGGUCCAGGUUCAUUAGGGAAGAAAGGAGAGCAGGGUGUAAGGGGCUUUCCAGGUCCUGAUGGUACUAAAGGUGAUAAAGGAGAAUCGGGUCCAAAAGGGGAAAAGGGUACACCUGGAGCAGGAGAACCUGGCCAACCUGGAACUAAAGGAGACCAGGGGAAUCGGGGUCUGCCUGGAUUAGCUGGAAAACCUGGUGCAAAGGGCAGUCAAGGUGACACAGGAGAGAGAGGGGAAGCGGGCAGUCCUGGUUCACAAGGGCCCAUGGGGCCCAGAGGGAAAGAUGGACUGAAAGGAGACAAAGGAGAGGAUGGCAUUUCAGGAGAGCCAGGGUUGCCUGGUAAAUCAGGGGAGAGAGGUCUAAGAGGACUGCCAGGUCAAGCAGGUCAGCCUGGGACAAAAGGAGACACAGGCGACCCAGGGGAAGAUGGACAAAAUGGCACCCCAGGGGCCACUGGAUCAAGAGGUCCAAAGGGAGAGCAGGGAAUACAAGGCCCCCCUGGGCCACCUGGAGAUGUGGUAACAGGAGAGAAACAACUGAAAGGUGACCGAGGAGAAAAGGGAGAGGCUGGUGACCCAGGGGAGCAUGGGGCUAAAGGUCAGAAGGGUGAACCAGGAGCAUCAGGCCCUGCAGGACCACGCGGUCCUGAGGGACAACGUGGACUACCAGGAGGCAGAGGUGACCCAGGUGAUAGGGGCAGUCAGGGAGACAAGGGAGACAGAGGGGCAGCUGGUUUGGAUGGACGGCCUGGUCAGGAUGGAAAACCUGGGGCGUCUGGAGCUCCUGGUUUACGGGGUGAUCCAGGAAAACAAGGGGAAUCUGGUAGAGAUGGUUUGGCUGGACUCAGAGGGCCUCAAGGGCCUCCAGGACCCCCAGGGCCCCUAGGACCUGAAGGCACACCAGGUAAAGCAGGGGAGGAUGGGAAGCCAGGACUGCCUGGAAAAGCUGGUGAAGAUGGUGUGCCAGGGGAGGAUGGUCGAAAGGGAGAAAAAGGAGAGCCUGGGCCUUCCGGAAGAGAUGGUCGAGAUGGGAUAAAAGGCGAUCAAGGCAUUGCAGGGCUGAUUGGCCCUACUGGUCUCAUUGGACCCCCUGGGGUUUCUGGCAGAAUUGGACCACCAGGACCGGUAGUCUAUGUUAAAGGGGAGCCAGCAACACCUAUUCCAGGCCCCCAAGGCCCUCCAGGAACCCCUGGAGUACCUGGAGUUCCAGGAACUGCUGGAGUUAGAGGGGAAAGAGGUCUAACAGGCUUGAAAGGAGAAGCAGGAGAUCCAGGAGAGGAUGGAAAACCAGGAACUGCAGUGGAUGUGAAGAGAGCUUUUUCAGAAUUUGGCAUUGAGAUCAGAGAACUGAAACUAUUGGUUGAUGAAAAAAGCAAAAUAAUAUCACAGCUCACUGCACUUGAGGAGGGAAAAAAAGGAGAUAAAGGAGAUGUUGGACCUAAAGGCCCUCCAGGAGCAGAUGGUGCACGAGGUCUACCAGGUGAGCGAGGUGUAAAAGGAGAGCAAGGUGAAAAAGGGCCUCCCGGCCUACAGGGUCCCCCAGGCAGGGCGAUUGGAGAGAGGGGUCCAGAGGGUCCACGAGGACAGGCAGGUGAGCCUGGAAAACCAGGAAUACCAGGAGUGCCAGGACGAGCCGGUGAACUUGGAGAAGUUGGCAGACCUGGAGACAAGGGAGACAAAGGGGAGAAAGGGGAUAGAGGUUCAGCUGGUCUGGCUGGAUUGCCUGGCCUUGUGGGGCCUCCAGGCCCAAAGGGGGAUUCUGCCAUAACUCAGAGUGGUUUGCCUGGUUCUAGGGGCCUGCCAGGCCCGCAGGGUAUCAGAGGAGAGCCUGGUGCUGUAGGAAACCCUGGAUCUCCUGGAGAACGGGGCUAUGGAGGUGCUCGAGGGGAGAAAGGAGACAAAGGAGCCAGUGGAGAGAGCGGAAAAGAUGGCUCCCCGGGAAAUCCUGGAGAACAAGGAAAACCAGGGCAGGAUGGGAAGCCGGGUUUGAGGGGACCAGCCGGUCCAUCAGGCCUACCUGGCUUGCCUGGGUUCCCAGGAGUGCUGGGCAGACCGGGAAAUCCAGGAGAACCAGGAAUUAGAGGACCAACUGGUCCGAUGGGUGGAAAUGGACCCCCAGGGGCUCCUGGUGUGAAGGGUGACCAAGGAGAGCCAGGCAUUGGAGUUCAAGGCCCUGUUGGACCUCAGGGCAACAGAGGGUUACCUGGACCGUCUGGCACUCCAGGAGCUAUAGGACCGCAAGGACAAUCAGGACUUCCCGGACAAGUGGGAGAGGGGGGCAAGCCUGGGGUCACAGGGAGAGAUGGAGCUCCAGGAAAAGAUGGCCUGCCAGGAUUACCUGGGAAACAGGGUAUUGCUGGACCCAUCGGCUCCCCAGGACUUAAAGGAGAGCAAGGAGACAGCGGGCCACCAGGAAAAUCUGUCAUCGGACUCCCUGGAAUUAAGGGUGAGAUGGGGCCUCCUGGUCUGACAUUGCCUGGUACUGUUGGAGAAAGAGGGCUUCCUGGAUUACCAGGCCCCAAAGGAGACAAGGGGCCAGCAGGUAUCAAAGGAGACAGAGGGUCUACAGGUGAGCCUGGAGAGCAAGGGGAGAAUGGAGAGAGAGGACCAUCAGGGCCCAAAGGCAUUAAAGGAGAGGCUGGUGUAGGGAUGGCUGGACCUGCAGGACAAUCUGGACCCAUCGGUUUAAAGGGUGACCCUGGCUUACCAGGUCCUCCGGGUCCUCCAGGGCCACGUGGUUUGGAUGGGACCCCAGGACUGGCAGGACAGAGAGGAGAAGUAGGCCAGCAAGGACCCCCUGGACCACCAGGAGAACGGGGUCUCCAAGGUUAUACUGGCAAAGCAGGCAACCCUGGAACACCAGGAUCUGUUGGACUACCAGGACCCCCUGGUUCUGCAGGCCUUUCAGGACUAAAGGGUGAUAAGGGUGAAAUUGGUGUCGGAGUGCCAGGUCUAAGAGGAGAGAGAGGACACCCAGGUCCUCUGGGAGAAGAUGGUCGGGCUGGACUGGAUGGAGAAAGAGGCUCUACUGGUCCUCCAGGCGGCAAAGGGAACAGAGGAGAUAAGGGCGAUCAAGGUCCUUCAGGAAUUAAAGGAGAAAAGGGAGAUACACUGCUGGCGGGGGGGCCUCCAGGGGAGAAAGGAAUUAAAGGAGAAACAGGAGAUCGAGGACCUAAAGGUGCACGGGGUGAGAAGGGUGUAAAAGGACAGGAAGGUCCAGCAGGUGAACAGGGCCUGAGGGGGGAGCCAGGAGAGAGAGGUUCCACUGGCUUCCAAGGAGCCCGUGGUCCUGGUGGUCAGAAGGGAGAAGCAGGGCAGCCAGGAGUCCCAGGAGAAGUGGGAACAGCUGGUAAAGAUGGCCUGCCUGGCAUAAGAGGAGAAAAGGGAGAGAUUGGGCACAUCGGUCUGCGAGGCCUCAAGGGAGAACGAGGUGCCAAGGGGGCAUGUGGACCAAGCGGACAGAAAGGAGACAAGGGUGAUGCUGGGAUUAAUGGUAGACCGGGAUUGCCAGGGAGAAAAGGAGAGCAGGGUGAAGCAGGGCCUACAGGACCCAUUGGCAGCCCAGGGAAGGAGGGACUCAUUGGAGCCAAAGGUGACAGAGGCUUUGAUGGAGUUAUAGGGCCAAAGGGAGAACAGGGAGAGAAAGGUGAACGGGGCCCACAUGGUAUCCCUGGCCCUCCUGGUCUGAGAGGUGUGGAUGGCCCCCCUGGUUUAACUGGCCCUCAAGGACCUGCUGGAGGUAAAGGUCCAGAGGGACUGCAGGGACAAAAGGGAGAACGAGGUCCUUCAGGGCCUGCCAUGGUAGGCCCACGUGGCAUCCCAGGGAUCCCAGGAGAGAGAGGAGAACAGGGCGAGAUAGGCCUUGAUGGACCUAAAGGAGACAGAGGAGAACCAGGCAUGAUGGAGGGUGAGAUUCAGGCUUAUGUUCGAAGUGAGAUGAACCUACAUUGUGGUGAGUAGCUCUUUGUUUUAGAUGGAGAUAAAUUAGGAUUAUACAUUUAUGAAACCAUUGCCAUCUGAAACUGAUCACCAUCAAGGACAGUGUUUCACCUCUUAAAGUCAACAUGGUAUCAUAAUUGACCUUAUUUACUUUCUUAAUACUUGUUGCUUGAUUCAUCAGUGCACAUUGUUCCAAAGAAAAAGGUUUGUCUUAUUAAUCUUUAAUCAAAAUGUAAUCACUUGCGCCAUCUCUAAAAUGUCACAUAUUGUGUGAGCCUUAUGUUAACUAGUAUCGAUAUACCAUAGCUAUUUAUGCAGUGUAAAAUAUUACCAAUUGUUAAAAUUAAUGUAAUAAAGGUUACUGCGACAAUCGCAAAAAACGAUAAAAAAAACAUUAACUUGACCUUUAACCUCCUUGUAGUCCUCCUCUCGUAGCACCACUUUUCAGAAUCUAAUCAAUUUCCAAUUGAUUAAAUUAAUUCCUGUCAUGCAUUGUUUUUCUUGUUGAAUCUUGUUUCAUUCUGAAGUAUGUCACAUUAUGAAAGUAAAAUGGGUUGUAAAUGUCUUUUAUGUUACUUUUUCUCUGUGGAAAACCACCAAAUUUUUACAUCCUUCACCUGUAUUUCUCAUUUAAUCAAUUAUCUCUAUCUCUCUCCCCCUCAGCUUGUGGAGGUAAGUUGUGACUUUUUUAUCCUUAAAAUAGGCAGUAAACUUUUUCCUACCAUUGCAUCAGCCUUAAACUCAUGUGCACUCAGUAUACUAACUGUAGCUUUGAGUGUAACUGUCUUGUGUGGUCUCAGUCUGUUUAACCUUUGUUUAAUUUAAAUAUGUUCAUGAGACUGUCAGUUUUUCGUCCAUCUGGCUGAACGUCUGGGUUUUGUGCAUCUUAAUUUGUUCUUGCGCUUGACCUUUGAGUACAGCUUUACACACAUGGUUGCCUGAGAGAGUGCGUAUCUCAUUGAGGGUGUGUGUGUUUUUACUGAUGGGUUUUGUUAUCUUGCAUUUGUGUGAUUCGUUGUGGGCGUGUUCUCAGGUAUUAAAGAAGUUCAUAGAUCUGCACCAGUGCAGUCUUACCGAAGUCGCUCCUCCACGUCCCCUGAGCACUCUCUAACCCGUGGGGACGAGGAGGGUCAGAAACUGCAUGUAGUAAUGAACACUAAUGAUCCAGACUAUGAGCACAUUUACUCUAUAGAGACCUAUGAUGAUGAUGCUCCAAUGGUGGAGACUGCUGACUACGACACCACUGUCAAUAAAAGUCAGGGCAAAAUGGUCUCUGUUGAUUCAUUAAAAGCUGAAAGGACAAAAAGAGAGGUGAAAGGUGAAGACCCAUGCAUCUUGCCGAUGAACGAGGGUGAUUGCUCCCGCUAUACUCUGCGCUGGUACUUUAACUCUCAGGUGGGCGUCUGUAGACCUUUUAUCUACAGCGGCUGUGGAGGAAAUGCUAACCGCUAUUUACAAAAAGAAGAGUGUGAGCAACAUUGUCUACAACAGUGAGAAGAUUUGUGUUAUUGCCUCUGUGGGCUUGAAGACAAGGGUGGACUGUAAACAGAGGAUCUCAAACUCAUCUUUAAUAGAGAAAACAUAAAGCUCGGUGUUAGGCACUGCCAUCGUGCACAAUGUUUCAGAGAUGUUUAGAGAAGGUAAAGAUUUAUAUCAGCACCUUAUCCUCAACUGCCAAGCAAAUUCUAAAUAUUGAGAUUUUUCUUAUUUAUUUUAUUUUGUUAUCUGUUAAUAUAUGUUUCCUUCAAUAUACACACACAAUAAAAGUUGCACCCAACUUCCAAAUACCAUUUGGGUGCUGACACUGUAUAAUAUUGUUAUAAAAUGCUUGUGGCUCUCCAGUCAAUCACAGCAUAUCACAUUAUCAUUCAUUUCUUUCUCUUUUAUUUUGCGUAUUAACAUAAAAUGAACGCAAAGACAUUUUCUCAGCUGCUAAGAACAUUGGUCGCUCAUAUUGUAAUUCUUCAGUUUUUAAAUUUAUCUUCGACUUGUUCUUAGAAGUCUACGCAGUACAAAAUUGUACUGUAAAUGUAGAUCUGUAUUUUAAUCAGCUUGAAAUUCAGGAUGAAUGUUCUUGUAUUAUUAGAUGGUGCAUGUUUAACAAAUGGUGCUAUUUUUAAAGAUAUUUUUAUAUUGUUGGUUGAUUGUAAUAUUUUCAUGUAUGUCAUGGAUUAUAUUCAGUAUUUGUGCUCCAUUAUAGUAUGUACAUUACAGUUCCCACAGUCCUGUUCAUUUAAAAUGAUCUAAACGGAUUGCAUUAUUCUUUGCACAAGACACCCCAUGUCUGUUUUAAAAGUCGUAAUUUUCCAAAAGCCCAGAGGUAUAUUAACAGCAAACCACUUUUUGGGCUGGUUCUACACAUACUGUAAAUUGAAAUUUGUUUUAUUUUUGUGUUGAACAUUUGAUGGGAAUUAAGAUUUAAAUUGGAAAAAUAAGCAUGAAACUAAAAAAUUCUCAUUUGGAUUAAGCUAAAUAUGUGAAUUAAUGUCAUUUGUUUUUGUUUUAGCUCUCAAUUAAACAAUGAAUUAUUUAUAGUCUACAGUCAGAGUUGGUAAGGCCCAUAAACAUUUAUUCACACUGUAUGAUUGUAUGAGAAUGCAAGAACAAAUACAGUAUCUAGAUUUCACUUGCCUUUUUCUUAUAUAUCAACCAGAGUCUCAUUAAAAGGUCAGUGACCACCUGUAGUUCAUGAAGACCAGAACUACAUGGUCUUUUCAUUGUCUCUUCUCUCUUUUCAUUUCCUGUUACUGUGUGCUGUGUUGUCUUUAAUUUAUUUUGUUAUUUUGCAUCUGUCUUAGUCACACAUCUGAUGAUUCAAUAAUGAUUCUGGACCAUCUCGUUAAGCUGCCAAAAGAAGAAUCAUUACUACUCUUCCAGGGCUGUCACUCAAACACUGUUUUCAUAUUAAUAUCUACUCAUAUUUAUUCAUUGACUGCAUUUUAGACAGUCCAUCUGCUUGGCUGAUUGAUGUUGUUUUAUAUUCUCAUGCCUGCUUUUUAACAAACUGGCUGAGUGUCAGUCUGUAUUUUUACCCCAGUGUCUAGAGCCUUUCCAUUCAUACUAGUUCAUUCUCGAGGUGAAUUAGUCAUUGUGCCUUUUUAAUGAGUUUGUCUUAAUAUCAGUCACCGACAACAGCCCUUGGUCAAAUUAGCUGUGGCAUGCCAGAGGUCAACCAUGUCUUAAUAUACUGUAUAUUUGAAUCAAGUCUCAGGUGGAUAGACAGUGCAUUGGAUGUUCACAACAAAGGUUGCUUACAAGUGGAUGCUGGCUUCAUCCUUGCAUAUGACUUUUAAGAUGCCCUUUUCCUAUGCACUAAACUUUCUUGGGAAUGAGUAUGUUAAUUGCUUGUUAAAAGACUAAGUGACAUUGAACUUGACAUUGAAAUGCAAUAUCUUUGCAAAUUCAUUAUUGUGCUGAACAUUAAAGUUCAUAGACUCAUAGAGU